AUGUCUCUCCCGGGCUUAGAGCUGACGCAGCCCUCGGAGGAGAGGCAGUUUGCCGUCGCCCCACCGUCACAAAUCGCCUUGAAAGCUGGCUGCGAAUGGCGCUUUGAGGUCGCGUUCGGCCAUAUUGUCAGGGUCAAACUUCUCAACGGCACUGCCGAGCUUUUCGGCACCGAGCUCGCCGAAUCGCAGACAUACACGUUCUCUGGUACCAAAGCGGCAAUUUUCACGUGGCACGGAUGUGAACUGGAGAUCAGCGCCCUCGAUACUGGCACUACUACGCUCGAUGGAGUUACGCCCGUGGCUGGCCAUGGCGCAGGCGGUUGCCAGAGCGAGUACAUUGCUGAAGAGACGCCCAUGAUCGAAUAUUCCAACAUGCACUUUGCGCUGGAGUCGAUGCGCCAGGAAGCGCAAGGCUCGGGCAAAGAUGGCCCCAGGGUCUUGCUUCUGGGGCCCGACAAUGCUGGCAAGACGAGCCUGGCGAAGAUCUUAACGGCCUAUGCGACUAAAGUUGGCGGGCAGCCGCUGGUGGUGAAUCUGGAUCCGACCGAGGGCAUGCUCAGCGUUCCCGGCACACUCACUGCAACCGCCUUCCGAACAAUGCUGGACAUUGAGGAUGGCUGGGGCAGCAGUCCCAUGUCCGGGCCGAGCCCAGUUCCUGUCAAGCUUCCGCUUGUCUAUAGCUAUCCACUCCCCAACCCUCUCGACGCCGAGGGCUCAGUCUACCGGCCAAUUGUAUCACGUUUGGCCCUGUCAGUAACAGGCCGCCUGGCCGAGGAUGAAGAGGUCCGCGAGACAGGCAUCAUCGUCGACACCCCCGGUAUCCUCAGCUCCGGCAAGCCAGGCAGCCUAGAGCUGAUCAACCACAUCGUGACCGAAUUCGCUAUCACAACUAUCAUCGUGCUCGGCUCAGAGCGGCUGUACAGCACGAUGGUCAAGCAAUACGACAACAAGCCCAGCGCCAGCGCCUCGGCUACCAUCUUCGACGAGCGCAUUUCCGUCGUGAAGCUGUCCAAAUCAGGCGGCUGUGUCGAUCGGGACGCUGCGUUCAUGAAAGCCACCUGCGAGUCCCAAAUCCGAUCUUACUUCUUCGGAAACUCGAUUCCCUCUACUGCAUCCGCAGCCUUCUCACUCUCUGCAUCCUCCACGUCUACCGUGACUCUCUCCCCGCACGCGCAGGUCAUGGACUUUGCAUCGCUAUCAGUGUUCAACUACGUCGUAGUCUCGAUCGACGACGAGGACGAAGAUGAAUAUGAUCCCUCCACGCUGGGCAUGGGCGACUCUCUUCUCCCCACCGGCACAGCCGAUUACACCCCCUACCAACAAGAACCGGAUCGCGCUGCUCCGCUCCCGGGUAUCAUCGGCCUCUCGAAUGAUGCGCCGAACCCUUCGGCCUCCAACACAGCCUUUAGCAACGUCCCGCUCAAGAAGGUCCUCCCACCUGCACCCUCGUCUCUCGCUAAUACCCUCCUCGCGAUCACCCAUGUCUCGACUACGGCCUCGCCCGCUGAAGUCCGUGAUGCGAGCAUCAUGGGUUUCCUGUACGUUGCAGACGUUGAUGCGGAGAAGGGCAAGAUUAGAGUGCUUGCGCCUGUUGGAGGGAGACUCCCACCCCGAGCGAUGAUCUGGGCUAAGCGUUGGCCUGCAGAGGUCGUGGGUUUGGUGGGUUGA